CGGGAACGGGGGUGGCGGCGCGUUCCGGGCGGCGGCGCGUUCCGUUCCGCCUUCCCCCCCCGCGCCCGCCCCGGGAGCGGCCUCAGCGGCGGCGGCGGCGACGGCAGGGCCCGGGGGCCGCUCCGGGCCGCGCCGGGCCGCGCCGGGCCACCCAUGGAGCCUCUCGCAGGCUGAUGCCCAGGAGCCGAGCCGGUGCCGCUGACCCGUCUGGCCUUGGCUAUGGACAUCGUCCUGUCGGAUUUUGUUCGCUCGACGGGGGCAGAGCCAGGGCUGGCCAGAGACCUCCUCGAAGGCAAGAACUGGGACCUGAGCGCGGCGCUGAGCGACUUCGAGCAGCUGCGGCAGGUGCACGCCGGGAGCCUCCCGCCCCCCUUCAGCGGGGCCCGGCCCCCCGAGCGCGAGCUGGCCCGGCCUGGGAGGCCCCCCCUGCAGCGCCAGGACGACCUGGUGCCAGAGAAGCGUUUGUCUCGAGGUAUCUCCCAUGCCAGCUCCACCAUCGUGUCCCUGGCUCGUUCCCACGUCUCCAGCAAUGGCAGCAGCAGUGAGCACCUGCUGGAGAUGCCCAUCUGCACCUUCCAGCUGCCCGACCUCACCGUGUACUCCGAGGAUUUCCGCAGCUUCAUCGAGCGGGAUCUCAUCGAGCAGUCCAUGCUGGUGGCACUGGAGCAGGCUGGGCGUCUCAACUGGUGGGUGACCGUGGAUCCGAGCUGCCAGCGCCUGCUGCCCCUGGCCACCACUGGUGAUGGGAAUUGCCUGCUCCACGCUGCCUCCCUGGGCAUGUGGGGCUUCCACGACCGGGAUCUCAUGCUCAGGAAAUCCCUGUACACCCUGAUGGACAAGGGGGUGGAGCGGGAGGCGCUGAGGCGGCGCUGGCGCUGGCAGCAAACCCAGCAGAACAAGGAGUCUGGCCUGGUUUACACAGAGGAGGAGUGGCAGAAGGAGUGGAAUGAGCUGAUCAAGCUGGCGUCCAGCGAGCCCCGCGUGCACUACGGCACCAACGGCGGCGGCUGCGGCGGGGUGGAGGGCUCAGAGGAGCCGGUGUACGAGAGCCUGGAGGAGUUCCACGUCUUUGUCCUGGCCCACGUGCUGAAGAGACCCAUUGUGGUGGUGGCAGACACGAUGCUGAGGGACUCAGGGGGUGAAGCUUUUGCCCCAAUUCCCUUUGGAGGGAUCUAUCUGCCCCUGGAAGUCCCAGCCAACAAAUGCCACAGGUCUCCACUGGUCCUGGCUUAUGACCAAGCUCAUUUUUCUGCCCUCGUCUCCAUGGAGCAGAAGGAAAACUCAAAAGAUCAAGCUGUGAUCCCCCUGACAGACUCUGAGCACAAGCUGCUGCCCGUGCACUUCGCCGUGGACCCCGGGAAGGAGUGGCAGUGGGGCAAGGACGACAGUGACAACGUCAAGCUGGCCAGCGUGACACUGUCACUGGAAGCCAAACUGCACCUGCUGCACAGCUACAUGAAUGUCAGAUGGAUCACGUUGCCUUGUGACAUGCAGGCGCCUCUGGCUCAGCCAGAAUCCCCCACGGCCUCCGCGGGCGACGACGCUCGCUCGGCUCCGGAGUCGGGCGAGUCGGACAAGGAGUCGGUGUGCAGCAGCUCUGCCAGCAACGGGGGCACCAGGGCAGGCAAGGACCGGGAGAAACCAAAGAAAGAGAGGGAAAAGGAGAAGGAGAAGGAUAAGAAACGGGCAGACUCGGUAGCCAACAAGCUGGGGAGCUUCGGGAAGACUCUGGGCAGCAAACUAAAAAAGAACAUGGGGGGCCUGAUGCACAGCAAAGCCGUGAAGGGCGGCGUGAGCAACGGCCAGGGAGACACCCUGGAGAAGAAGAAGAAAGGGUCCCUGAAGGCACGGAAGGACAGCAAAGAGGAGUGCUCCCCGGGAGAUUUGGCUCCUGCAGAGAAGACCUGUGCAGGCAAAGCAGCCCUGGAGAAGGCCUCGGAUCCCCACAAGUACAGCAGCGACGUGCGGCUCAGCCUGAGCAUCCUGCGCGCCGCCAUGCAGGGCGAGCGCAAGUUCAUCUUCGCCAGCCACCUCAAGACCAGCACCCGGCACCAGUUCCAGGAGGAGAUGAUCCAGAGGUACCUCCUGGAUGCUGAGGAGCGUUUCCUGGCGGAGCAGAGGCAGAAGGAGGCGGAGAAGAAGGCGCUGGGCAGCGCUGCCCCGGCCAAGAGGCCGGAAGGGGAGGUGGGUGCCCAGCGCAGCGAGGAGGCCAUGCCAAGCCCCGUGUUCUGCCAGCCACCCCCCACCUACCCCCCCCAGCCUCUGGAGCCGGCCGUGGCUGCUAAAAUAGCUGCAUUUCCAGCUGGCUAUUCUGGCGUUUUCACCUUCCCCAGGCCCUCCAUGGGCAGUGCUGAGGGGCUGCACCCGCCCGCGUGCCCCGAGGGCCGGCGGCAGCUGGCGGGGGGGCCCUGUGGGAGCCUCCCCCCCUAUGCCACCCUGCCCCGGCACCACCAGGGCCGGCUGGGCCCCUGCCCCCCCGGGCCUGCCCACCUGGGGCGGUUCUCCCCCACGGACAUGGAGAUCCAGCCUCCCUUCCCUUCGGAGUGCGAGGGCUCCGGCUGCCUCCCCCCACACAGCAACGGCUGCAGGGAGCUCCUCGAGCAGGACAAGGCAGGAACAGUGGAUAAAAUGAGAGGCCAAGCCCUGUACAACAUCCAGCAGACCAAGUGCAAACAGCCCAACUGCAGCUUUUACGGACACCCGGAGACUGGGAAUUUCUGUUCCUGCUGUUACAAGGAGGAGCUGCGGCGCAGGGAGCGCGAGGCGCUGGUGCACAGGUUCUGAGGCUCCCCCUGGGCACCCCCGGACCCCUGGCACGUGGGGAAUGCAAUAACACAGAUCCAGUUUGGUUUGAAACCCGCCCACGCUCCUCUCCCGCUCUGCAGGAGGUGGGCUGGGGGUGGCGUGGGGCUGGUGGGAUUGAUGGGGUGCAGGAGGGAGAGAGGGGGGAAACCAGCCCCUGCUUUCCUGGAGCCCCUGCAGGGGAGGAGAAGGAUUCCCAGGGGUGCCUGGGGACAGUGGGGGCUGCUCGAGUCGGAGCACAGGGUGAGGGGGGAGAAUUCCUCAAAAACUCAAUAAACCAGACCAAAGCUUUGGGAGUGGGCAGGGGGAGCAGCUCCCACCAGGUCCUUCCCGCUUCCUGACCACCUGGGACGGAGCAAAAAUGCCCCAUUUUGAGAGUCACAAACCUUUUAAUGGAGUUUUUUAACACUGGUUUUAUUCUGUAUUUUCUUCUUGCUGGUACUGAGCGACACCGUGUUGGAGUUGGACAUUGAUGAGGUGAGGUGGGUUGGAUUCCCCCCACCCAGUCCUGGAUGUCCCCGAGCACCAGGACAGGCUCAGGGCUCUGUCCCCUCCUCUCCUCCCCAUGAGCUGAACUCUGGUUGUAAAAUGUUGUUUUUAAACUCUUUUUUCUGAGGCAGGGGGAGCCAGGGGGACUCCCAGAGCUCAAGGGAUUGGAGGUUUCUCUUCCUGUGCAGAACCCCCAGCCCACAGGAGAGCUGAGGCGAGAUCCUGGGUCAGCAUCUCCUGCCAGGAAUUCCCAGUGGCCUGGGGCAAAUCCCCCAGGAAUAUCCACUGGAAAGGGGUCCCAGAGCACCCCCAGUGCCGGGGUGGAGCUGGGGGGUCACAGCCCCACGUAACUCCUACUUGAGCACAGCUACUCUGUACUACCUCUGAUCCUGAUUAACUCGGCUCCAUUGUGCUGAGCCACCAACUGACCUUUUAGGCUGCAGAAUUAAUCCAUAUUUUUGAUAACAGGGCUAAAAAAGCAGAACAUUAAGGUAAAAUCCUCCCGUGACUAAUGUUCCUGACCCCAUCCCAGCCCCCUGGCUCCCAGGGUGGGAUUCACUUUAGCACUGCGAUGUUUGCACAGAAUUCCUUGGGGUUUUUUUUUGUUUUGUUUUGGUUUUUGGUUUUUUUUUGGUAACUGCAGCUCCCAAACCUGGCCUGAUCCUGCACGAGGUGAGGUGCAGCAUUUCCUAUCACACGGAAAUAAAACAGGAGUUCUAUCCUUCAGCCAGAGCUUUACAACAUUCCCUCGUUUCUAUUUUUGGGUUGAUUUUCCAGAAGGCAUCAAACUAUGCAACCCCUUCCUGCCCAUGGCAGUUUCCAGGAGAAGGGAUGAGGCAGAGGAGCUGGAAGUGAGCUUGGGGGAUCACCCAACGCCUCAGACUUGGCUCUAAAAAUGUUAACUUAGCCCUAAAACCCCUGAGUUAAGACCUUUCCCACACGUAAAUGCCCCCAAAUUAGGCCUUUCCUGGUGGGAUCCAAAUGCUUUGAGCCCAGCCAGCAAAGCUCCUUGUCUGCAGAUUUUCAAAUCCAAAUUUCACACGCCCCAGGGAUGGUUUGACUCCGGUGUAAGUUGUUUUCACUGAUUUUAUAAAAUCCCUGAAGCUGUGGGAAGGGGAGGGUGUGACACCCACUGCAGCUGCCUCCUCUUACCUGGGAACAAAUUCCACUUUUCUCCCUCAAACUGCAGGAAUUCCACUGGACUUCAACCCCAGGCAGGCACGUGCAGUGCUGGUUAAGCAGCACAAGCUCUGCCCCCGCUUGGUUCACCCCAAAUUUGAAGCUGAGAUGGUUAAAACCCAACCCAAACCCUUCCCUAUUUAUGGACGCUUGGUUUUAAAUUCCACUUUCUGAUUGUUUAUUUUUCCCAAAAUCAGAGCAGCAGCUUUAUUUUGGUGUUGGGAAUAUCCUCUGGAGCAGGGAUGCCCCAGGGCACGGGAGGGCAGGGGGAGGUGAUGCUUCAGCACUCGGAUUUGGGGGAAUUUCUCUCCUCUUUGGUUGACUCCAUCCCUCUGGAGGCUGCACUUGGUGGGGAUGGGAAGCCCCCAGACCUGCUCGUUGGUGUUGUGGGAGGAGAGAGAGAGGGGAAAAAGCAGAAAACCUGCGGGAAAAGCAGCAGGGCUGGAGGGAAAACUCCAGAACUGGAGGAGAAGCACCAAACCUGCCCCCAGGAGGGAUUUCUCCACGGGGAGACUGUGGUGUGACCCCAGGGUCAAACUAAGUGCACUUACUGGUGUGGUUGGAAUUCAAAUCGCUGCCAUCGGAUCCUGGUGGAGGAGAAGUUUGUCUUUCAGCGCGUGUAAAACUCGUUAAUGAGGUUUGAUUUGAUUUUAUUAAAUGAGAUUCACCUUCGCCAUUCCCCGGCCCCUCGGCGGAGGAGCUGGGGCAGCUUUGGGUCUCACUAACGCGACACCGAGCGACCUGAAUUAAUUCUGCAGUGGUUUAUUCACAAAAAAAACUCCUUUUUUAAAAAUUAAUUCCAGAUUAAUUGGUGAUAUUUGGCCUCCUGGUGAACGGGGCCGGAGUGUUGCACUUGGGCUGUACCUGUGGCCUCGUUGUGGCACCACAGACUCAUUGACAAUAAAAACCUUCAGCUGAUGCA